CUCUUUUAACCCUCUGUUGCUCAUUCUGCUCAGCUGUCAAAUCUACUUUUGUACGCUGCUAGUUAGCUAUGUAACCGUAUAUAUAUUUAUUUUUAACCAUUUCCUGCUGUCUGUAGUAAGAGUUUGCAUUGGAUCACCCUCUAAUGCUGCUGUGAAGAGCUGCUGCUGCUGCUUCAGGCUGAGUCCUGCUAUGGCGUCCGUGUACAGCGGAUCCCACACCUUGAGCAAGGAUGAUGUGAAUUACAGGAUGCAUUUCCGAAUGAUAAACGAGCAGCAGGUGGAAGAUAUCACGAUAGAGUUCUUCUACAGACCGCACACGAUAACGUUGCUGACAUGCACGGUGCUCAGUUUGAUGUAUUUCGCGUUCACAAGAGAUGAUGGAAAUCCCAACAAUAAUCUCUGGGUGGGGCUCAUCCUGGUCAUCUCCUUCUUCCUUGUGAUCAGUGUUUUGGCAUUUCCUAACGGUCCAUUCACCAGACCACAUCCAGCAAUAUGGCGAAUUGUUUUUGGUCUGAGUGUCCUCUACUUCCUGUUCCUGGUUCUGGUCAUCUUCCUAAACUGGAAGCAGGUGAAGCAACUAAUGUAUUGGUUGGAUCCAAACCUGCGUUACGCCAAGAGAGAGGCAGACAUAAUGGAUUAUGCUGUGAACUGCCAUGACAUCACCUGGGAGAGAAUCCUGAGUCAUUUUGACAUUUUUGCAUUCAGCCAUUUCUGGGGCUGGGGUAUGAAGGCCCUGCUCAUUCGAAGUUAUGGCCUCUGUUGGACCAUCAGUAUUACCUGGGAGCUUACCGAGCUAUUCUUCAUGCAUCUGCUGCCUAACUUUGCUGAGUGCUGGUGGGACCAGGUGAUUCUGGACAUCCUGCUGUGUAAUGGAGGAGGCAUCUGGCUUGGCAUGACUGUCUGCCGCUUUUUGGAGAUGAGGACCUACCACUGGGCCAGUAUUAAGGACAUCCACACCACCACGGGGAAGAUCAAACGCGCCGCUCUACAGUUCACCCCUGCGAGCUGGACCUACGUACGCUGGCUUGACCCAAAGUCUUCCCUGCAGCGAGUGAUGGGAGUCUAUCUGUUCAUGAUCAUCUGGCAGCUAACAGAGUUGAACACGUUCUUCCUCAAGCACAUUUUCAUCUUUCCCGCAAGCCAUGCUCUUAGCUGGUGUCGGAUCCUGUUCGUUGGUAUCAUCACGGCUCCAACAGUGAGGCAGUAUUAUGCGUACCUCACAGACACACAGUGCAAGAGAGUUGGGACGCAGUGCUGGGUGUUUGGAGCAAUAGCUUUUCUGGAGGCCCUGGGAUGUAUUAAGUUUGGACAGGACUUGUUUUCAAAGACACAGAUCCUCUAUGUGAUCCUCUGGCUGCUGUGUUUGGCCUUCAUUACAUUCCUGUGUCUGUAUGGAAUGGUGUGGUAUGCUGAAAAUUAUGGUCCAAAUGAAAAGAGCCUCUCAGAAUGUGAAGACAGUUACAAUGAAUUUGCUGAACAUAUGGCAGAAGAAUUUAAAGAGGAGUCAGAUGUGGAGUACGACGACGACAGCCCGAUAACCAGACGUAGAGGGAAGGGCUCCGGAAACACCAAAUCCAUCAACGGCCUGGACAGCCAGUAGGAGUUGGAGCCAGUGGCUGGUGUGCGUCUCCUGAACUCACUCCAAGGGGCCAGGUGUGAAGGAUCACAGGUUGAAAAAGGGGGUAAAGAUGCAACCACUUCCUGGUGUAAUUAAAGUCUAGAAAGCCCCCCACCUACAAAAGAGGGAGUGGAGACAGGAGAGGCUAAGUGGAUGAACAGGCCCAUGCAGUGUUAUUAGGAGUGCACAGAGGCUUGGACUACAUACAUACACACUUUAAACUGUGUUCUGUAGUCAUAAAAAAACAACUCCUAAACCACUGAUCACAGGUUUCUGUGUGUGAGAGCGAGAGAGAGCGCUGUAUUUUGUGUGGGAGAGAAAGAGGUGGCAAUAAAAAAAAAACUGCCGAUUGUAGAGGUGACUGCAUGAUCAUUGUAGCGGAUGAACAAUAAUUUACAAACAUUUAUCUAUGAUACAGUAUAUCAAUGAUGGUCAAUGUACAUUUGACUGGUUUACACCAGCCUUAACUCCAGUAUGUUGGGCCGACACAUUUCAAUGUUAAAAGCCAUCAUGUAGAAUUUAUCACAUUAAUUAGAGCCUCUAUGUUUAUAGCGCAGAAGGGCUGAAGUCUCUUUAUUAGCAUCAUCAUCUAUUGUCUAUUUGCAUCUUCGAUGUUCACACUUGUUUCGUGUUUAUAACUUGAAUGUGGGCAGGAUUUCAAUGCAAGGCCGCUUUAGCUUGGUAGGAUCAUUGACUGAGGAUUGUGUUUGACCUGGAACAAAGCAAAGUACACCGUUUAAGCACUUUUCAGAAUGUUUUCUUGCAAAUACUGUACAUUUUGUAAUGCUUGAGGUUUUUGUGAAUCAUCGUGACCUUGAGUGAUUUUACUCUCCCUGUCCAUCUGUGGCUGCUAUCUUUUUCUUUUCUUUUACUUUACUGAUAACGGAGGGCAAUUAUUCAUAUUCCUGCAUGUGUCAGGCUCUACCUGUCCAAGUGCAGGUGUGGCUUUGUUAUACUGUCGGCCUUCUUGUUAUGGCAUAUAUUGCAUUUGCAUGGCUGUGUCAAAUCAAGUGUUUUUAGUAGUAAAAUGUUACAAGAGUAGUCGAGAUCUUUGUAUAACACCACACAACAGGGUGCCAGUAUUGUUAUUUUUGUCUUUCACUGUCAUCGUAACAUUUUAAUUCACCCCUUGUGCCUGUUUGCAUGUUGGUUUUUUUUAUUCCCAACUUUUCUCACUUUGUAUUAAUACUCCAUUUUGCCUUUUUUGUGUUUCGAUUCUUCUGCUCUCGAGUGCUUUCUUGAACAUUUUUAUUUAUUUUAUUUUAUUUUAUUUGCUCUGUCAGCUUCAUCUAAGUACAGAUAUAUCCCUCAUAAUCCUCGACAAUCCAGACGCUGGAUCUGUGGAAUGGACCAGGCUCCUGUGCUACAGUAGACACUAUAAAUGGUACAUUGUCUCUGGAUUUAGAUGUCAUUUGCCAAAAACAAUUCCUAUGAAAACGGCUCUUCUUUUUCACUGUGAAAUAAUGAAACAUAAUAAAAUGUUUUACAUUUCCUCUUAAA